UUCUCCAUAAAACUGGAUCUGUGGUAUUUGGCUAUCGAAACGGGAAGUGCAAGCGAAAGUAUGCAUAUUGUAGCAAUUUUGAUUUUCCCUCUUUUCUUAGGGGAAUUCUCAGAAGGGAUUACUCGACCAUUCCCUUUUGGUCCGAGACGCAGAAUUUUACCAGGGCAAAGAGCUUCUGGGUGCGUAGAUUGUGCCAAUGAAUUAAAACAGUGCGUUGAAAAAUGUCUUCAGCAACACGACUGCUCCGAAAUAGAUAUUAAAGAGGGCUUUUGUCCAGUCGGUUCACCUCGUCCUGCUAAAUGCGCAAUCAGUUCUGUCCUUUCAGUUUGUGAAAGUGACUCAGAUUGUCCUGGAACAAAAAAAUGCUGCGAAAGUGGAUGCUCGAAAGUAUGUUCAAAUGCUUUACCAGUGCCACCAGCACAAGAGUCCAGAAGAUCAUCGAAACGAAUUUUGAGUAAACCAUAAAAAAUUUUUAUACGAAAUCUACAUUAUAUAUACUCAGUUUACAUCGGCCAGAUGCCAGCGGUAAGAUCUAAUGUGAUAGAUGCAGAGAUUCCAACCUGGAUCCAUCGGUUCUGUUGCCAUUGGAUCUGGAUUCGAAUUCGAUGCAAAUUUCCAUAAUUUAACAUCGGCAGUAUGGCUCCUCUAUCUUCAUCCAUAUUGGUAGACCCGCUGUGGAACAGGCCAGAAUAUAAUGGCUAUAAAUGUAACCGACAUACAGCAGACAAUUUGCUGCUGCCUAGUGUCAAUUAAUUAGACAAUGAAUCUUUCAGUUUCCAAAUAUCAUCCCUAUACUGUUACACAAAG